AAUAUCUAACCUAAGUCUCCCCUGUCUCAGUUUAAAACCGUUCCUCCUUGUCCUAUCACUACCCACCUUCAUAAACAGACAUACCCCCUUCCUGUUUAUAUGCUCCCUUCAAGUACUGGAAGACCACAGUGAGGUCUCCCCGAGGCCUUCUCUUCUCCAAGCCCCGUUCCCUCAACCUUUCUUCAUGGGAGAGGUGCUCCAGCCCCAUCACUUUGAAAUGCUCUGAGAGCUGCUUGGAGACAUAGGGCCUCACUGUGCUGCAUUUCAGCAAAUUGAUUAAAGAAAUCACAUUGUUCUGUUGAACAUUUGGUUUAAAUAAGAACCAUGGCUGAAGCAAACUGUUGGUGUGAGCAAGGCCUGGAAUUAAACUAGCAUCAUCCAUCUCAUUUACAUAAGCUGUAGAAUAAAUAAUAACUUAAAUACAGGCUAUGGACAUAUUUUAUCUGAGAGAUUCUACUGAAAUCUCUCCAUUAGAUUAAAACCAUAUGAUGUGAUGCUGUUUUUAGCAGAAUUCUGCACUUCCUCAUUCUUGUUCAGAAUUGACACCCAUACUUUAGUCAGUUUCAUUCAAGGUGUAUCUGUAUAGAAUGUAGGCUGACAAUGGUGCACACCUUGUAAAAACUUCAAAGGGUUAAUAGUGGUUUUGGUUAAAGCAGUUUUCCUUCAGAACACCACCCACCUGCUGUGUGUGUAGAUUCUUGGCCUCCUGCUCGCAGAGCAAAUGCACACAUUUCUUGUAUUGCCUUUUCCCUCCAAGGGCUUUAUACUGAUUAAGAUCUGAUUUAGUCUGCAUAGAGUGAAAAUAUACAUAUAGUAUUGUCCAAACUUUGUUUCCCUCCACCACUCACCACAGAUACUAUUUUUUUAUUUCUUUCUAAGUGUUUCCCUCAGGAUGCAAAGGACUCUUUGCUCAAAAAGGGCAGUAACUUUCUUAAACCAUGUGCACAUCUCCUAGUAAUAUUAACUUCUACACAUUCUCUUCUGAAACCAAAUGUAUUUACCAUAAAUUGCAGCUAACUUUUGAUUGAAACACUUUUGAAUGUACAAGAUCUGUGCAAUUAUACAGCUUCUGAACAGAAGGGAUGCCUGCAAGGCAAGGAAAGGACAGUGAAAGCCAUGUCAGCAGCAGCAGUACCAGCACCAGCAGUUCAGUUGCUUGCUUCGGACAGUAUCAAUACACAGCAAAUGAAUAUCAAGCCAUCCAGCAUGCUCUUCGUCAGAAACUGGGUCCAGAGUAUAUCAGCAGUCGGCAAGCUGGAGGAGGACAAAAGGUCUGCUAUAUUGAGGGUCACAAGGUAAUCAGUCUGGCCAAUGAGAUGUUUGGCUUCAAUGGCUGGGCUCAUUCAGUCACUCAACAGAAUGUUGACUUUGUUGAUCUCAACAACGGCAGGUUCUAUGUGGGGGUCUGUGCAUUCGUGAGAGUCCAGCUUAAGGAUGGCUCAUACCAUGAAGAUGUGGGCUAUGGAGUCAGUGAAGGCUUGAAGUCCAAGGCCUUGUCCUUAGAAAAGGCAAGAAAGGAGGCAGUAACAGAUGGACUGAAGAGGGCACUCAAGUGCUUUGGGAAUGCUCUUGGGAACUGUAUCCUAGACAAAGACUACCUACAAGCAGUUAAUAAGCUUCCACGUCAGAUGCCCCCCGAGUUGGAUCUGGCAAAAACUAAAAGACAGGACUAUGAACCCGAAAUAGAGAAAGCAAGGUAUGAUGGCUGUCUGGAAAGGCAGAACCCAGGAUGGAGGCAACAGUAUGAAAUGGCACCAACUUGUAGGCCCAGUCACACAGAGGCUUCUGGAAUGACAGAUCAGAAGCAGCCAAGCAGCUCCGGAAAUACAGAUUCCCCAGCUACUGAGUGUGAUGCCACGUACCAGCGGAAACUGCGACAAAAGCAGCUACAGCAGCAGUUCCGGGAACAGAUGGAGAAGAGACGUCAGGUCACAGAAGUUACUCCCAGCAGCAAACAGGAAACAGCCAACCCUCCUGUGAAACACAGCACUCCAGCAGCAGUACAACAGGAACUGGCAAUCGAAGAAGAGUUCUUUGCAGAUGAUCUUGAACUUUGGGACAUUUCCUUGGAGACCACUGACCUUAACAAGUUGAUGUGUCACAAAGCAGCAGGCUCACCAGCAGCAGCCCAGCUUCCCGAGACGCCCCGCGGAUGUCACCAGAUGACAACUCGUAACAGGACGCCUCAGAGAAUGCAUUCUCACAAACCUUCUGUGAGGUUUGCACAGUUGCAGCCAUCUGCUGCUCUCACGGGCAGCAGCCACGGUGCCAACCAACGCACACCAGGUACGUGCUGUGAUAAAUGACUGAGCUCUUUCUUCUCAACAGCGGCUCUUGGCUUUGAAAGCUUUGCUGUCAUUACUAAGCUGAAGUGGGAGAAGCAUCUCUCUUUUGUGUGGAGCGCUGUGAUAGCAGGCUAGGAAUACUCUUUUCAUCCAACUGUCUUCUCAGGGAAGAGGUAAAGAAUAAAUCAAUG